UUUGAAGUCAAAGAAACUUUUACGUCCAAGAAAUUCACGAAUUUAUUGACACAGAAAUUGAUGAAUAAAUUCAUGAAUUUCUUCGUGAAUUUAUUGUUGGUGUAAAGCCCGUAUAAUAUAAUAAAUUAUCUAGUUCAUAGUUCAUUCUAUCAAAUUAUUUUCUAAUCUGUAUUUGCUAAUUGAUAAUGUUAUAACAUAGUUUUUAUAACAACACAAUUAUUGUAAUUCGUCAUCAUUUUGUGCAAAAAUGUUAGCAAAAACCGGUCUGCUUAUAGUGUCUAAUCCAAAACAAAUAGCAAAUCUACUGGGAUCAGUAAAGAAACAGGUGAAAAAUACACUAUAUGUGCAACUUUUAUCAGCCUUAAGUGAGCCCUUAGGAAACUUUUGCCCUAAGUCUUUAAAUACUUGGCACAAGUUUAGUCCUACAAUACAUGGUAUAUAUUCACAGGCUGCAAGACAAUGCAGUGACUUGGAUGUAAGAGUUCUUCUUUCAGGAAUAAAGUUUAAUGUACCUAAAAUUCAUACACAAAAUCCAAUAGAUUUAGUUAUUUUUGAUAAGAAAUACACAAAGGCGGAAAUAGACCAAUUCAUAACAACUAGAAUUGAAAAUCUUACAAAAGAAUAUAAUGUUAUCACACUAGAGUCUAAUGAAGAAGUAAAUGUGGAAAACAACACUCCAUUUAGUGAUAAGAUAUACAAACAUUCAGUACUAGGUGGAACAUUUGAUAGAUUACAUACAGCACAUAAGUUGUUGCUUAGCGAAGUGGUUUUAAGUUCCAGUAAACAAGUUACAAUUGGUGUAACAGAAGAGAAUAUGCUUUCAACAAAGACCUUAUGGGAGCUAAUAGAAGACAUUGACGUGAGAAUAAAGCAUGUGAAAGACUUUUUAGAAGAUAUUUGCCCUGAAAUGGAAUAUGAUAUAGUUCCAAUAUCAGAUCCUUUUGGUCCUUCAAUAGUAGACCCUUCAAUGGAGCUUAUAGUUGUCAGUAAAGAAACUGUAAGGGGCGGAGAAAAGAUAAACACAAUAAGGAAAGAAAGGAAUUUACCAUUGUUAGACAUCCUUCCAAUUGAAUUGAUGGAUGAACCAAACCCUAGCCCCAUAGAAGAGGCUAAAAUUAGUUCAAGCACAACUAGAAUAAGGUUAUUGGGUACACUUCUGAAACCUGUAGAACAAAAAGCUAUUCCAAAGUCACCUUAUGUUAUUGGAUUAACAGGUGGAGUUGCUAGUGGAAAGUCAGGAGUGGCAACUCAUAUGGAAAACCUGGGUGCUCAAAUUAUAAAUUGCGAUCUGAUAGCACAUGAGUUGUACAAAACAGGCAAACCUUGCUACAAAAAAAUUGUAGGCCAUUUUGGAAAGAAAGUUGUUGCAGAAAAUGGAGAGAUUGAUAGAAAAGUUCUAGGUGGCAUAGUUUUUACUAAUAAGGAUGAAUUAAACACACUGAAUGAACUAGUUUGGCCAGCCAUUGCAGAAGAGGUUCAAACAAUAAUUGGCAUUAGCAAAGCAAAAGUUAUUGUUGUAGAAGGUGCUGUAUUACUAACAGCUGGCUGGCAAAAUAUGUGUCAUGAGGUAUGGACUACUGUAAUACCAAGAGCAGAAGCCAUCUCCAGGUUAGAAACACGGAAUGGACUUACAGAAGAGCAAGCUACAAGCAGAAUAGACUCUCAACCUUCAAAUAAAUUUUAUGUUCAGUCUUCUAAUGUAGUAUUUUGCACACUGUGGCCUGUGGAAUAUACCAAACAGCAAGUGAUAAAAGCUUGGAAUCUGUUAACCGAAAGGAUCCCGGCAUGAUUUAGGUUUUUGUAAUAAUAUGUGAGAAUAGAUAAUUCUGGAAACAAUUCUAUAAUAGUAUGUUUGAAAUUAUAGUAUAUUUUGUUGUCACUCAAUAAUUUUAAUAUUUUUAUUAUUGUUGCGAUGGUAAUAUUCCGAAUAUUUCCGUAAUCAUAUGAUAUUUUAAAAUAUUUUUAUUAUAUUUUUUGACGUUCCUUGUUUUUUAUCAAGUAUUAAACAUGUUGUACGAUUUUCUUGAAACUUUGAUUUUCUAAUUUUAUUUAAGUAACUUGUUUGUUUUAUUCG